AUGAGCGACAUUGAGUCAUCAGACCGGCCGAAGAACCGCGUCUUCAUCGGCGGCAUCGGACGCACCCAGAAGGAGGAAAUAGAGCGCGAGUUUGGCCGCUUCGGAAAGCUGUGCAAGGUCUGGGUGGCGCAGAACCCGCCCGGCUUCGCCUUCGUCGAGUACGACCACAUCUCCGAGGCAGAUCUGGCCGUCUCGGAGAUGAACGGUCAGUCGCUGCUCGGCUCGGCCAACAAGAUUCGCGUCGAGCACUCGCACGGUGACAGUCGCCCGCGAGGACGUGGCCCGCCGCGUGACCAGAACCGCGGCCCAUCGGGUGGCUACGGCAUGUCCCGCGGACCACCUCGUGAUCGCUAUGGCGGCGGUGGUGGAGGCGGUGGCGGCGGCUACGACAACGGCGGCGGUGGCUACAACCGAAACCGAAGCUACAACAACAGCUAUGGUGGCGGCGGCGGAGGCGGUGGAGGUGGCCAACGAUACUCGGACGGCGGCGACCGACGUCGACAGUUUGGCGGCGCCUCCAAUGGACGCCAGGGAGGCGGAGGCGGCGGUGGACGCUACCGUUCCGACAGUGGCAGCGACCGAUAUGGCGGCGGCGGUGGUGGUGGUCCUCGAUACCGAAGUCGCUCUCCUCCGGCCGGUGGACGCAG